UCCCAGCUGAGUAACAGGAGGAGAAGAGUCUGGUGGAGCAGCAGAGGAACAAUUUCAGCCAUUUGGACUCAGCUCAGCCACUACAGAGGAAACAAUGACUUCAACACAAAAGGACCAACAUGGAGUGAGAAGUCAGCGCUCUCAGGAGGCCGACAAACGUCACAGAAGAAAGGGCAAGAAAACCUACAGCUGUGAUGAGUGUGGGAAGAAUUUUACCCGGGCGGAAGGCCUAAAAGCUCACCAACUCAUCCACAGUGGAGUUAAACCUUACAGCUGUGACUUGUGUGGAAAGUCUUUUACCCAGGCUGGAGACUUAAAAAGACACCAACUCAUCCACAGUGGAUUUAAAGCGUACAGCUGUGACGUCUGUGGAAAGUCUUUUACCCGGGCUGGAGACUUAAAAACACACCAACUCAUCCACAGUGGAGUUAAACCUUACAGCUGUGACUUGUGUGGAAAGUCUUUUACCCAGGCUGGAGACUUAAAAAAACACCAACUCAUCCACAGUGGAGUUAAAGCAUACAGCUGCGACUUCUGUGAAAAGUCUUUUGUCCUGGCUGGCGGCUUAAAAACUCACCAACUCAUUCAUAGUGGAGUUAAACCUUACAGCUGUGACUUGUGUGGAAAGUCUUUUAUCCAGGCUGGAGACUUAAAAAAACACCAACUCAUCCACAGUGGAGUUAAAGCAUACAGCUGUGACGUCUGUGGAAAGUCUUUUGUCCUGGCUGGCGGCUUAAAAACUCACCAACUCAUUCAUAGUGGAGUUAAACCUUACAGCUGUGACUUGUGUGGAAAGUCUUUUACCCAGACUGGAGGCUUAAAAACACACCAACUCAUCCACAGUGGAGUUAAACCGUACAGCUGUGACUUGUGUGGAAAGUCUUUUACCCAGACUGGAGGCUUAAAAACACACCAACUCAUCCACAGUGGAGUUAAACCGUACAGCUGUGACUUGUGUGGAAAGUCUUUUACCCAGACUGGAGGCUUAAAAACACACCAACUCAUCCACAGUGGAGUUAAACCGUACAGCUGUAACUUGUGUGGAAAGUCUUUUACCCGGGCUGAAGAGUUAAAAAAACACCAACUCAUCCACAGUGGAGUUAAAUCUUACAGCUGUGACUUGUGUGGAAAGUCUUUUACCCAGACUGGAGGCUUAAAAACACACCAACUCAUCCACAGUGGAGUUAAAUCUUACAGCUGUGACUUGUGUGGAAAGUCUUUUAUCCAGGCUGGAGGCUUAAAAAGACACCAACUCAUCCACAGUGGAGUUAAACCGUACAGCUGUGACUUGUGUGGAAAGUCUUUUACCCAGGCUGGAGACUUAAAAAAACACCAACUCAUCCACAGUGGAGUUAAAGCAUACAGCUGUAACUUGUGUGGAAAGUCUUUUACCCAGGCUGGAGGCUUAAAAAGACACCAACUCAUCCACAGUGGAGUUAAACCGUACAGCUGUGACUUGUGUGGAAAGUCUUUUAUCCAGGCUGGAGGCUUAAAAAGACACCAACUCAUCCACAGUGGAGUUAAACCGUACAGCUGUGACUUGUGUGGAAAGUCUUUUACCCAGGCUGGAGAGUUAAAAAAACACCAACUCAUCCACAGUGGAGUUAAACCUUACAGCUGUGAGUUGUGUGAAAAGUCUUUUUCCCAGGCUGGACACUUAAAAACACACCAAAUCAUCCACAGUGGAUUUAAACCUUACAGCUGUGACUUGUGUGGAAAGUUUUUUUCCCUGGCUCACAACUUAAAAACACACCAACUCAUCCACAGUGGAGUUAAACCUUACAGCUGUGAGUUGUGUGGAAAGUCUUUUUCCCAGGCUGGACACUUAAAAACACACCAAAUCAUCCACAGUGGAUUUAAACCAUACAGCUGUGACUUGUGUGGAAAGUCUUUUACCCGGGCUGGAGGUUUAAAAAAACACCAACUCAUCCACAGUGGAUUUAAACCUUACAUCUGUGAGUUGUGUGGAAAGUCUUUUACCGAGGCCGUAAGUUUAAAAAAACACCAACUCAUCCACAGUGGAGUUAAACCUUACAGCUGUGACUUCUGUGGAAAGUCUUUUAAGCGGGUUCAAACCUUAAAAAGACACCAACUCAUCCACAGUGGAGUUAAACCUUACAUCUGUGAGUUGUGUGGUAAAUUCUUUGCUCAAAGUAGCAACUUACAGAAGCAUCUAGUUACCCACUCAGGAAUUAAGGUGUACAGCUGUGCAAAAAAAUUCACUUCCUCAUCUGCUCUGUGCAAACAUCAGCCUGAUCAUGCAGGACUGAAAUCACUGGGUCACAAUGAAUCUGAAGAGAGAGAAAGAUCCUCUUCUGGUUUCAGGGUCGGACUUAAAAACCUUGAGAUCAGGCUCCACAGAGUUCAGAUGGAAUCUCCUGUAAAGAGUGUCAGCUGAUGUCACACUUGGAUCUGAU